CCCGGCUAAGCCGAGAUGGUCUUAUGGCGCUUGAGCCAAUGAGAAGGGCGGAGGGGCGGGGUUUCAGGGCCCGCGGGAGCGUAGUGCGAUGUGACAAGAGACCGUCAGUGGAGAUUCCCGAAAAGAAAACGGAGAGGCGAGGCCCGGCGGCUCCACCCAAUCAGCACUGUGAAGGAGGUCCAAUGCACCAAUCACAGAGCUGCGAAGGCUUAGAGGGCGGGGCGAAGCAACGUCGUAGCGUCCCCCGGGAUAGCGUCGUGGAGGCCCGCUCGAAGCCGGUCGGCCGCCGUUGCUAUGGCGACCGCGGUACCGCUAGAGCUGAGGCGGCUAGUCCAAGAGGCCUCGGCGCUGGCCGGCGUCGUCCGCGGCUCCCUGGGGCCCCAAGGAGGGCAAGUCCUGCUCAGCCGCCCCACCGGGGAGGUGCUGCUGUCCCGGGACGGCCGGCAAGUGCUUGAGGCUUUGAACGUGGCCUCGCCAACAGCCAGAAUGAUGAUAGCGUGCAUUUCCACACACUGCAGUUUGACUGGAGAUGGUGCUAAAACAUUUAUUAUUCUACUCUCCACUUUACUUCAAGCACUUGAAAAACUUGCUAAAGGAGAUAGUACCUCCUUCUGUGACAAUAUUCAAGGUAGAGAAAAAUAUAAAGAAAAACUUUUUAAAUUGAGGCAAAUCUCUCGAGUUCUUAUGAUGAUCCAAACAGAGAUCCUGGACAAUCUAAUGACACAGAAACUGGUGCAGCAUUUUCUCUCUGUUUUUUCUGUUUCUCACACAGAAAUGAGCAGCAAGUCCAUGAGGUUGGUACUGGAAGCAUAUUUCUGCGGGAAAGUAGGAUAUAAUAGGCAAAAGUUUCUUUCCGAAUUGACUUCUGACUUCUACUUCAAAGUUACAGCUGAUAAAAAUAGGAGGGACAUACUGUGUUUGGUGGAUGAAUUUUUUGCCGAGUUGCAUGUUACUGUGACAGGCCUUCCUGUUUCACGCUCACAGAUCCUGGAGGGGCUUGUUCUUCCAAGAGACUUUGCUAUCUACUGUCCUGCAGAUGGUGAAAAAAGAGUUCUAAUUAUAACAGAAUCUAUUCAUUCUUCUUUUUCCGAGUUGGGUGUAGAAGUAAUGAUAACCACUACAAGACAGUACGACGCAUCUGAAAUCUGGAUUAGAAAAAGAACAGAAGCGCUAAUAAAACACAUGCAGGACAAUAACAUCAAGGUGUUACUGUCAAGUGUAAAACAACAGGAAACUGUUCAUUACUAUGCAAAAAAUUGUGGCAUUUCCAUUGUAGAAUGCUUGUCACCAGAGGUCAUCUCUUUUAUAUGCAGGAUUACCAAUAUUUCACCUUUUGUACCAUCACGGGACAAUAUUUGCAGUCAAAUCACAGAAACAGUUGUGGCAACAUUUUGCCAGCCAUUACAACUUGGUGCCAAAAGAUUCACUCACAUUCACUUUGCCAGGACCUGUGCCCUCCAGCAUAGUCUAAUACUCUGUGGACCUGUACAUGGGGUUGCGAAGCAACAUGCUUUUGCUUGUCAUGGAGCUUUCAAAAUGUUGCAGCAAAUGUUUACAGCUCUUCCUCUGACUGAAUGUUACGGUUCAAAAUCUGAAACUGAAAACUUCUCAAAAGAUUUGGAUAAUCAUCAGCAGUGUCCAGCUGCAUGUCAAUAUUUUGUAGGAAAGUGCAUUAGUUGUAGUAAUAGCCAAGCAAGCGCCAUGCAGCUGAAACCUUGUGGGUAUAAAAUGGAAAAGCUUUCUUUGGCUUCUGCUUCAACAGCAGACAGAGAGUUCGCAUGUUCAUCAGUGCACCUACAGAAGCCCCUUGGUACUGCUGUGCCCUAUUUUGAUUUGCAACAUGAUGCUCUGUGCUCUGUACCACAUAAAAGUGAAGAUGAUGUCGUUAGUUUAGAAAACUUUUCCCCAACAUACAAAGAUCUGAAAAAGGUGUUGAAAGGGGCUGAGAGUGAACUGCUUGAAAACAAUCCAUUUGUUUUUACCACAGUACAGCAAAGCAGCCAUUCAAGAAAUGUACCUGAGCAGCUAUACCCUGGUAAAGACAAUUAUACCAGACCAGAUUAUAUAGCUUCACUUACAUAUAAGGAGAAUAAAGAAAAUGGUAAUCAAAGGAAAUCCAGGUCUUACAUAAAGGCAGGAUCAGUUGUACCAGUGGGUGGGAUCUUUGAAAUCUUGUUACAUUAUUACCUGUCUGACUAUGCAAGGCAGUGUCAGUCACCAAAUGUAUCUGUUCUGUGUGUUCUCAUUGCUGAUGUUCUGCUCACUAUUCCAAAAACCCUUUGUAGAGAAGAAAAAAGGAAUGCUUUUCCUCAAUUGUAUCUUGAAGUUACCACUGCCCUCAGGAAUAAUCAACCUCCACGAAAUCAAAAACAUCUAGAAUCUGUGUCUUGUAAAUACCAAUUAGUAGUUUCUGUUCUUCACUGUGCAUCCAUGCUCCUUGGAAUAGACCUGAUCAUUGGCAUUAAGAGAUUACCUCAAAAGGCAGAAGAUGAUAACUCAGACAUUGAUUUGUGAAGGCAGAGCUCUUGUAUACU